CGUCAUUCAUCACAGAUACUGGAUCAUGGACAGAGCUAGCUAACAAGGCUAAUCUUAGAUCUUUUUAUUCACACAUUUAAGGAAAUAACGGUUGACCCAUUAAGAUUUUCAGACAGCCACUGCAACAGAAUGAUCGACGAUUUCGAGAGCCAGGAGGUCCGGUCCAGCGGUGAUCUCUGGUCCGAAAUCUGCUCAAGUCUACCGGAGGGGCGAGCUGAAGAGUCGCCGGACAACAGCACGGAGUUCAAAGAUUCAUUUCAGCCAGCAGCACCAGUCGUCGUGGAGGUCAAUGGACAAUCUAACGGAACGAACACCAGCUCUUCUGCCGCCAAAUGGGAGCCUAUGGAGGACUCUGAGAUGUACAUAGCCAGUUUAGAAAAUCGCUUGAAGAAACUGAAAGGCCAGUCGAGCGAUGUGACCUCCAGGGACAUGCUGCGCUCCUUGUCUCAAGCUAAGAAGGAAUGCUGGGACAGAUUUCUGCAUGAUGCUCAAACCUCAGAGCUCUUCCAAGGCAGUGACAUGGAUGAAAGUGCACUUGAACACUUCAAGAGGUGGUUGAUUCCUGAGAAGGUAGCCAUCAGUGCAGAAGAGCUUGAAUAUCUCCUGCGGCCAUCUCAGAAUAAAGAAGCUGCUGAUGGUAAUCAAACACAGACCGAUGAGAACGUGGAGGCAGAGGCCGAAAAACAAAGCCUAGAGGAAGAUGAAGCUCACAGCCCGGAGAAAUAAGAGUGCUAAAAUAAGAAGCACAAACAGAUUGAAUAAUCUGUGUCAUUCAGUAGAGCCGACGUCACUCCUGACUCUUAUUUUUGACGGUCAUUAUGUAUAGCUGUGUUUCAGCCAGCGCCAUUGUUAACAGUGGUCAGUGAAACCAAUUACAACCUGUCAUCAUCUUCAGUAUCCCUGGCAACAGAGUGUUGAGUACUUAAUAAUUCCCAUGUGUUUUGUCCCUUCAACCUAAUCACACUGUUUAAAUCUAUAACAGAGAAACUGAAAUUAGACUUCAUUGUCUGGUAGAAACACAGUUAAUAUGUCUGUAAUGACAGCUCCCGUAGUGUCUGUGAUGAGAAUCUUGAUUUACAACACUCAUGAAGGACCACACGCAGUAAUUUUGUAUAAUAGACUCAAAUGACCUCAGCCGUGACUUAAGUAUCUAUUCAGAGACAUUAUUUUUCUGUUUUUAAAAAAAAUCUGUGACAUCCAAGGUAGGCUUACAUCCCUGAACAUAAUGUAACAUAUCUUUAUAUUUGCCAUGUUGAUUUCACAUGUGAAGUUUUACCCAUGUUUCAAUAAAAAGAAGUAGAGUUC